UACGCCAGGAAAAGGCGCGUAAAUGGCUUACGGGAGUUGAUGUGAGCGUCUAGUGUCAAGUCUGAGAUUUGCAGAAAGGGCUCGUCAAGUCUGAGAUUUGCAGAAAGGGCUCGUCGUAACCGUCCAGUUGUAAACCAGACGACAGCACGUACAGUCUGGGGACAAUGGCGUGUAAAAGAGGAGCUCUCAUCGUACUGGAGGGGGUGGACAAAGCUGGGAAGACCACCCAGUGCCACAAGCUAGUGCAGGCGCUGCAGCGGAGCGGCCGACCGGCGGAGAUGAUGCGGUUCCCAGAUAGAACCACGACCAUCGGGCAGCUGAUUAGCGCCUACCUCGAAAAGAAAAGCGAUUUGGAGGAUCACACAGUGCACCUGUUGUUUUCUGCAAACCGCUGGGAACUUGUGCCUUUAAUGAAGAAGAAGCUGGAGCAAGGUAUCACUCUGGUUGUAGACAGGUAUGCCUUCAGUGGAGCUGCUUUCACCAGCGCCAAGCCAGGCUUCUCUCUGGACUGGUGCAUGAAGCCUGACAUGGGGCUGCCGAAGCCAGAUGUUGUCAUGUUCCUCCAGCUGAGUCCAACCGAGGCUGCGCUAAGAGGUCAGUUUGGAGAGGAGAGAUACGAGAACAGCGUUUUCCAGAGAGCAGUCCUGCAGAAGUUUGAACAGCUGAUGAAGGAUCCUUCAGUGAACUGGAAGGUAAUUGAUGCUUCUCAAAAUGUCGAGGAUGUACACAUGAACAUUAAAAACCAUAGCUUAAAAGCUAUCACCACAGCUGAGAGCCAGCCACUUGGGGAGCUGUGGCAGUGAACUUGGACCAAAGUAGGCUUUUUUUUUUUUUUUUAAUUUAAUCACUAUCACUUGACAUCUUCAGUGGACCUCACUCUCUGCUUAGUCUGUCACCUGACACUGCUUAAUUGAGAAGAAUAAUAUCACAUAAUUGUUACUCGGAUAUGCUGACACGUUAUGUCGGAAUACAUGAGAAAUAUUCCAUUUGUCAAAGAUUUUGAUUUUAUUUAACUUUUUAAUCCUUUUCCAUUACAUGUCUAUUGUUCUUUUCACCUGUCUACAUAAUUGUGUUGAGUAAAUAAAUAAUCUUCAAAUGAA